CGCAUCAGAUGAAGUGAACCGCGUGCACGGGAAGGCAGAGCGGCGGCUUGAAGCGGCGGCGCGUCACACAAAGCGGCUAAUUGCGAACGACGCACCGAGGCAAUUACGGUGCUGCAGCAGAGCAAAGCAAAGCAAAGAUUACUCUCCGUUUCUGCAGAUCGUCCUUUCUGGCAGUUGCCUGGAUGGAAAUGGAGAAGGAAGUCGCAGAUUUCUCCGGCAAAUGGAAAAUGAAAACCUCGGAACAUUUUGAGGAACUUUUGAAAGCGCUGGGCGUGAACGUGUUCCUGAGGAAGAUUGCGGUGGCUGCGGCCUCUAGCCCGGCGGUGGAGAUCACCCAGCAAGGGGAGAGCCUCUCCAUCCAGACGUCCACAAGUGUCCGCACCACCCAUGUGUCUUUCACCGUGGGCGAGUCCUUCAAUGAGAUCACGCUGGAUGGACGCCCCUGCACGAGCUUCCCUAGAUGGGAGACAGACAGCAAAAUCAUCUGCGAGCAGACUCUACAGAAAGGAGAAGGGCCGAAGACAACCUGGACCCGGGAGCUGACCAAUGAUGGAGAGCUGAUUUUGACAAUGAGUGCUGGGGACGUGGUGUGCACCAGAGUUUAUGUGAAAGAAUGAAGACCACUCCCAAGACCACCACACACUACUUCUGCUUUGUGCAACAUGCAUGGUUUACAUUUUCUCUCUUUGUCAUCACCUUCAUUCUCCCAGCCAGCUAGUGUGGUUAAAUCUCGUUAAACACAGAACUGUUGAGUUUAAACUUAAGUGAAUGUAUGUUACUAUAGUUCCUAUAGAUCUCAGUGCAGCAUGUGCUACAGCUGAAAUGACUCUUUAUGCACCACAAAGAUGUUAUACAAUGACUGUUUUUAUAAACUUUACUACACUGACAACAUCAUUUCCUCAGUUUGUUAAUACAGAGAGGUGUUUUUUUAAUGACUUGAGAUGCUUCGAUUAUUUUCAUUGUGGCACCAAAUAUUUGUG